AUACAAAAAAAAAAAAUUAAUGCGUCACCUGUAGCAUCGAGAUCAAGAACAAGACCAGCCCUAUCAGCUGACAAAGAGGGCGAGAAGCAUUAUUAUUACUAUUUUCCCUUUUCCUGCUUCACAAUGUUCGCUGGGCUUGCCUCCAAUAAUGCACAAGACCACAACCGGCCAGAGUUAUAUGAAGAAGUGAAGCUUUAUACAAAUGCAAGAGAGAGAGAAAAGUACGACAAUCUGGCCGAGCUGUACGCUGUCAUCAACACACUGCAGUCCCUAGAGAAAAUGUACAUCAAGGAUGUGGUGCCCCCGAAGGAAUACACAGCUUGGUGCAGCAAGUUAUUGGUGCAGUACAAAGCAGCAUUCAAAUUGGUGCAGUGUGAAGAGUACUCAACUGUUGAAAGCUUUGUUAAGAAGUACAAGCUGGACUGCCCGGCCGCCCUGGAGAGGAUAAGAGAAGAUCGACCUAUCACCAUUAAGGAUGAUAAAGGGAAUACCAGUAAAUGCAUUGCUGAUAUUGUCUCGCUCUUCAUUACGGUGAUGGACAAACUGCGUCUCGGAAUCAACGCCAAUGAUGAACUUCAGCCUGACCUCAAGGACCUUCACGACAACAUGACACGCCUCUCCCUCAUCCCGCAGGAUUGCGAGGGUCGGGUCAAGGUCAGGGAGUGGAUUGUGACCUUGGAGGGAAUGACAGCAGAUGAGACCCUUUCCGAGACACAGGUUCGCCAAAUGAUCUUCGACCUUGAAUCAGCUUACAAUGCUUUCAACAGGCUCCUCCAGCACACCUAGGCCUAUAGGGUGCUCUGGGGGGGGGGUUAGGGUUGGUUAGGUUAGAGAGAGAGAGAGAGUGACAGUCAGUUAUCCAUAGACCCUUCCUAAUGUCAAUAAAAUGGUCUAAUGGUACACAAAACUCAAGGUAAAAAUGUGUCCCAGUACUGAAGGGGUUAAAAUAGUGAAG